AUGGCUACUAAAACGAUGAAUAGACCAAGUAUGGCUAAGAUUCGAGUUGAAAUUGAUUUAAUGAAGCCUUUAAUUCAUAAUAUCUGGAUUGGUACUGAGGAUGACAAUGAACCUCUUAAAGGCUACGCUCAAAAAAUUGAAUAUGAAAAUAUUCCUAAGUAUUGUAAGCAUUGUAAGAAAUUAGGACACAAUCUGACGGAAUGUCGUGUGUUAGCAAGGAAAAAAGAGAAUGAAAAGAAAGAAGUGGAAAGGAUGAAACAACACACCAAUCCAAAAGAGGAUGUGCCUAAAACAGAUGGUAAAGAAAUUAUUCCAGAUGGGAAAUAUGAGGUUCAGAACAGGGGAAGAGAUCAAAGGCCCUUUCCAGACCUGAUCAGGAAUAGACGAAGGGGUAGAAGUGAGCCUCCUAAGGUUUUUAAGCCUACGGGUGCUGUAUUUGGUAUUGACAAGCCUAUGCCUAUAUCGGAAAAAAAACAGAAUAUAAGGAAGGAUCAGAAUGAUAAGAAUAUUGAUCGUAAACUGGUUGGGAUGGAGCAAAAGAACCAAGAUGAUUCUAACCAUGAAGAGACAGUUGAGCAGACUGGGCAGAAUAUGGAGAGUCAACAAAAAGAAAUAGAAUGUCAAGGAAGUCCAAAAGAAAAGGGUGACAAUCCUGAUAUCACAGAGAAAGAUCAGCAAGAAGAUCAACCUUUGAGGCAGACUGUUAUGAUCAAUAGUCCAAAUGAACUCACGGUUGAUUUGUUCGAAGGUAAAUGGCAGGAAUAUGGGAGCAAGAAAUCGAAAAACAGAUCAGGCAAGAAGAGAAGAACCCCAAGGAAAAAUGGGAACAAUGAAAAAGACAACAUCAUGAUUACCCAGAAUAGCUUUGAUGAACUUAUGCAAGAAGAUGAAAAUUACAGUGCUAACAAAUCUGAGGCUGAUAAUAGUAAAACAACAGAGGAAAUAAUCAGUGCCAAUAAGACUAACAUAGAUGAAAACGAUGAAUGGGCUGAUAAAGAGUCCUCUGAUGAAGAGAAUACAUCAGAUGACACUGAAGACAUGGAAAGUGAUAGUGACGAAGAGGAGGAAUCGUAUUACAGUGAGCAGGAGGAGCUUCAGAAGCAUAUAGAAAAACAUGAUAUAUCUGCUAAGAAUAACAAGUUUGCUAUGAAAGAACAGAAGGGAGAAAAGGAAGUGAAUCAGAAUGAACCUCCUAAGACAAGGAGACAAAUGAAGAAAUCACAAGAUCACUCCAAAAGAGGUUUAAAUGAUCAAGUUUCUUAA